AUGAGUUCUAUUACAAAGAGCGGUAAAGAAGCAAUCAUUAUAAAGAGAUGGCACACUAUCGAGGGUCAUAAUAAAGAGGUUUUGCUGUAUUCUCAUAACCAUUUUUGUUAUGAUUUUAAAUUUUUCUAUUAAGUUUUACAGCUUUUAAUUUAAAACUAUGUCUCACUAUAAUAUUUUAACAAUUUACAGUAACUCAGUCUAGGAAUGUGGUUGAGCUGCAAACACUUUGGUCAUCUUUCUUUCGUUUGAACGUCAUUCUACAGUCGAGCGAGUGUCGUUUAAAGAAAAGCGAAUCUCAGAUUCCGGAUUUCCCUUUUAUGCCGCUGAUCCAUCGCGAUCCAGGUCAGUUUUAUUAAUUCUAUUUCUUCGCUCUUUCGUUUCGUUAUAACCUUUAAUUGUUUCUCAUCCUGGGUUUGGGCUAACGUUUCAGAGUUUUAGGUUUAAAGUGCAAAGUCGACUUUUAUAACGGUUUUUUAUUUGGGUGGGGUAAACUUUUUCUACUUUUUAUCGUAACAUAAAAAUAUUCUAAUUUAUUUUUAGAUUGUUCAAGUAAUUCUGUGCUUCCCUUCAAAGUAAGCUUUCGAGAUAAGAGCACUAUUUGAACAACCUAGUAUAAUAGAAGAGAGGGAAACGUUAAAAAAAAGUAGUAACAUUGGUUUUUAGUACUAUUAGUACCCCAUUUUAAAAGUAUUGCGCUUAAAGUGCGUACUGUGUUAUAGCUUAGCCUUUAGAAUACUAGAAUUGUUACUGUACUUUUUUGUCUAUUAAUUUGUUCAAAUAAUUUUGUGUCCUCUUACUCACAAAAUUUGUUAGUAAAAGGAACGCAGAAUUAUUUGAACAGUCUAAUAUGAUCCUUCUUUGACUAUUUAUAAUGCUGUACUAUUACUAGUAGUACUGUUAGUACUUUAAUGUCACAUCCUCAUAUCUUUGUUAUAGACGUUCAAUAUAACUUUGUAAAACUUCAAAACCAACUAUUUUCUCCAGUAUGACAUUUUUUACAGUUUGUUUUCAGCAGUAUGACAGCCAAGUAUAGGUUCAACGUGAACGAUCGGUUCUACCUGUGUGCUCCGCUUUGUGGCCUUAUACAUUAUCGUUAUGGUGCCAUAAUAGCUGGACUGGGCGAGAUUGUCACUCUUGGCUUGGCUGUCGCUUCUUUUGUCAGUAAGUUUGUUGUUUUACCUUAUGUUUUAGCAUUUUAAAAAAUUAUUUAAACAGAAAAUGCCGCGCUUAAUCAUAAAAUUUUUUUUUAAAUAUGCAUUACUCUGUAACUUUUUAUUUGGUAAAAUACGUCGAACCAACCUUUGCAGAAUAAGAUAGUUUAAAUAAGUUGGAAUGUCUGGUAAUGAGCUGAGCUUUGUAACCCAAACCUUGUUUUAGAUCUUCACCACACAAAAGAACUGACAGCUUUGUGGACAUUACUGUUUGCCAUUGGGUUGUUGGUAGGAGCAAGUAUCACAACAUGUAUUAUGGUAAGUUUUAACAGUUUUUCUUUACAUAGAAAGGUAGGUAACGGUUUGAAAACUCAUGUCAUUUUCGAUUUUAACUAAUUUUGUAUCAACUGCUAUAAUACAAUUUGGUCAAAAACUGUACCAAAGUGUACCAAUGUUAUUAUUGGGUCUCAAUCAGCUAAAAAUUUAUUUUCUAUAAACUUUCUGACCUAACAACUUCAUAAAUUAGCACUCUAAAGAAUUAUAUUUUUAGUUCUACGGCUUGAAAUCUGAAAGACCAUCGUUCCUACAACCUCAAUUGUACUUUUUGUCGUUCGAAAUCGCGGUUAUGAUUGGUAUGUCAAUUCUGUCGAUUGCCAGUAUGUCAUUGGGUAUUGACAUGACCAGCAGGAUCUUCUCGCCUUUUGUCAAGUAAGUAUUGUAUUUUGUCAAACAACCUUAGCUUGUAUAAAAAGUAAUGAGCUACGUUUUUUAUAGCGAUAUGGAGUUCAGUAGCUCAUUAAUUUUUAAACGACUUAAUAAUAUUUAUUUUUCGUCAUUUGUAGGACAAAACGACGCUUUUUUAACUAAAUUUUAUAGUAUUAAUAAGUUUUACUACUGUAUCUGUGAAUCUCUAUAGAUGUACAAUUUUGUUAUUACAGGCCUAAGUUAACUUGUUUUAGUGUAAAAGACAUGGAAUUCCAUUUCGGCCCGAUCUGGCCUUUCUGUAUUGCCAUCGUCGCCUUUACCUGUGCCGCCCUCGGAAUCUGGUUCCAUCUUACUGUAGAUGGUGCUAGAGAGUACUUGCUGGACAAAAAGUACUUUGACCAUCAAGAGAACGACAAUCUGCCAUUGGAGUUGAAAAACAAAGCUGAAGAAGAAAGUCAGCGGGCUUCUAAUAGGGCUUAA